AUGGACAUCAUCAACCAGCCCAUCUCUCUGGUCGGCCCGACGCCGGCCGACCUGCAGAGCACCUUGCAGUUGGAGAAACUUCUUCGCGACGCCGGGCAGUACGAGAGCUCCAACGAGUUGGCGGCCCGCGAGGACGUUGUUCGCGAACUGCAGGGCGUGCUUGAUCGCUGGGUGAAGCGCCUCACCGCUCAGCGAGGGUACCCGGACGGCAUGGUCGACCAGGCCACCGCCUUGCUCCUCCCCUUCGGCUCCUACCGCCUCGGCGUCCACGGCCGCGGCUCCGACAUCGACGCCCUCGUCGUCGGUCCCUCCUACAUCGACCGCGACCACGACUUCUUCGACGCCCUGGGCGGCGUGCUCGCCGAGACGGAGGCGGUGACGGAGCUGCAGGCCGUGCCCCGCGCGUACGUGCCGGUGAUCAAGAUGAAGUUCCGCGGCGUCCCGGUGGACCUCCUCUACGCCAGCGUGUGCCUCCCUGUGGUGCCCAAAGAUCUUGACCUGCGCGAUCGCUCCGUGCUCCGCGGCAUGGACCUGGCCACCGUCCGCAGCCUCAACGGCGUGCGCGUGGCCGACGAGAUCAUGCGGCUCGUCCCGGACGCCGGGGCCUUCCGCACGACGCUGCGCUGCGUCAAGCACUGGGCCAAGGCGCGGGGCGUCUACUCCAAUGUGAUGGGAUUCGUUGGCGGCGUCGGAUGGGCAAUCCUGGUGGCGCGCGUGUGCCAGUUAUACCCAAACGCCGCGCCCAGCAUGCUCGUGCCCCGGUUCUUCAAGAUCUUCUCGCAGUGGAAGUGGCCCAACCCGGUGCUGUUGGGGGGCAUCGAGCACGACGACGAUGGCCAGCUCGCGCUCCGGCUGCCAGUCUGGGACCCGAGGAGGAACCCCCGCGACAGGACCCACCUCAUGCCCGUCAUCACCCCGGCGUACCCGUGCAUGAACUCCUGCUACAACGUCUCCCACGCCACUCUACGGAUCAUCACGGAGCAGCUCGAGAUCGGCCGCGUGAUCAGCCAGGAGAUCGCCGAGUCCGGAGGCGCCCGCGGGUGGGAGGCGCUGUUCCAGCCGUUCCACUUCUUCAAGGCGUACAAGAGCUACCUGCAGGUGGACGUGAAGGUCGCCGGAGGAGAGGCGGAUCUCCGGGAGUGGAAGGGGUGGGUAGAGUCGCGGCUGAGGCAGCUGGUGAUAAGGGUCGAGAUGGCCACGGCCGGCAUGCUGCUCUGCCAUCCCAACCCGCAAGCCUACGCCGCCAAGCCCAACGAUCGGGAUCAGCACUGCACCGCAACCUUCUUCGUGGGUCUGUCCAAGCAACAGCAGAAGCAGGCCCAGGUGCAGUUCGACCUCCGCGCGACGGCGGAGGAGUUCAAGCAGGAGGUGUACAUGUACGAGUUCUGGAGACCCGGGAUGGAGCUGGAGGUCAAGCACGCCCGGAGGAAGGACCUGCCCUCCUAUGUCAUGGAUCACAUCCUCCUCCCGGCUGCAGGCCACCUCAAGAGGAAGCGCGCCCAAGAUGAUCCUUCGCCUUCAUCGUCCUCUGCGUCCGGCCACUCCGAGUCGAGCUCCAGCAGCAGCAGGGACGUCAAGAGGGCGGCAGCAGCAGAUAGAACCGGAGCGUCACCUGAGAGCAAGAGGCAAAGCUGCCCCGCCAGUGUACUUCCCAGCGCUUCAGGACAGGGAGAUGUCUGA